AACAGACAGCACAUGACACACUCUCACAGUCUCACGCGGCACUCGGCAGUCGCAGUCUCGCAGAUCCCCCGAAGGCCGAAGCCCACCACCGGGCUCCACCGCCGCCCGCCGGCCGCCGGCCGGCCUCGCUCGCGAUGGCCGCCGCAUCCGCCUCCCUCUCCCACCUCCUCCUAACGCCCAGACGCAGAGCGCAUCCAAACCCCUCGCAUCAUCCCUCCCGCCCCAUCACCACCGCGCUGCCCCGCCGCAGGCGCCCCGCCCCCGCGAUCUCGGCCGCCGCAUCCGACCUCCUCUCCCCCGCGCCCUCCCUCAAGUCCCGCCUCGCCACCGGGGACACCCUCUACGGCCUCUUCCUCCUCUCCUUCUCGCCCACCCUCGCCGAGCUCGCCGCCCUCGCCGGCUACGACUACGUCGUCGUCGACAUGGAGCACGGGCCGGGCGGGAUCCCCGAGGCCCUCGCCUGCCUCCGCGCGCUCGACGCCGCGCGGACCCCCGCCGUUCUCCGCCUCCCGGAGGCCAGCGCCGUCUGGGCCAAGAAGGCGCUCGACCUCGGCCCCGCGGGCCUCAUGCUUCCCGCCGUCGAGUCCCCCGCCGCCGCCGCCGAGGCCGUCUCACACUGCCGCUACCCGCCGCGCGGCGUCUGCGGCGCCGCGCACCCCAUCGUCCGCGCCUCCGCCUACGGCCUGGAUGACUCCUACCUCUCCCGCUGCGAGGAUGACACGCUCAUCAUCUGCCAGGUCGAGACCGCCGCCGGGAUCGCGGAGGUCGACGCCAUCGCCGCCGUCGACGGCGUGGACGUCGUGCAGAUGGGCCCGCUCGACCUGUCGGCCAGCAUGGGCUAUCUCUGGGACCCCGGGAACAGGAAGGUGCGGGCGGCGCUGAGGGAGGCCGAGAGGAAGGUGCUAGAGGCCAGGAAGAAGAAGGUGGCAGUCGCCACGGAUGGCAAUGCUGCUUACUUGGGUGGGUUUGCAAUGCAGAAUGACCCGCCCGAGCAGCUCAAGCUCAGGGGUUACCAUAUGGUGGCUGGCGCUGCGGACAUUGGGAUGUUCCGGAAGGCGGCAUUGGAUGAUGUCAAGCGGUUCCGGGAGGCAGUGAUGGAGAUCGGCGAGGAGGGUGAUGAGGAGGAAGAGAACGAAGAGAAGGAAAAUGAUGGGUACUGGAGUGAGUGAGCAGAGCAGAACAAAGCUGAGCUGAAAGCAUUGCAGGAAACUCGUUAUGGUGUUUCUAUCUGGUGAUGUUAUCUCUGUUCUGAAUUCAGGGUUUAAGCGAUCUUAGGGAGCCUCGGCAUCUCCGGAUUUAGAUGUAGUUUUCUUUAGUUCUUCAUUUGAAUUUCAGGCGAACAGUCUGUUUGGGCAUCCUAGUCUUCCCAUUUGUAGGAUGGAACUUGGAACUGAUGGCUACCAAUAAACAGCUGAAUUUUGCAGAUUUGCUGUUGCCUUUUUUUUUUGUUCUUCCAUUUUCUGCACAUCCAGAGAAGGCUGGAUCUUUUUAGCCGAACGUUUGAAAUUGUAUCAAGGGAUGAGAACCGCAGAGGUAAGUAUUUUCUAGAUUGUUGGUGUGGUGGGGCCAGGGCAAGCCACACGCCCAGAAUCCAGAUUGUCAAUCUCACCUCUUGCUCAACCUCCACCACUAGUUCAGAUAUGCGCCGAUCCAAAACCACUGGGUCCUUUGGACAUUUCUGCUUCCAAAAAGAAUCUCUUUCCAGUAACGGGAUGCAGCCUAGACUUAGAAGAAGCUAAGCCGUCUUUUAAUUCUCUCGGGUCCUCCAAAGCUGUUUUUCCUCCUUUCUCUCAUGCCCACAAUGCUGGCAGCCAUCUCUUUACGGAAUCUUGCUUGCUCAUCAAGGUUAUCAUCCUGUUCAGAAUUCACAUCUGGCAAUUCCUGGCGUCCCAUAGAGGCUGCAAAACUCCACCGGACAUGUUCUGUGAGCUCGAUUCAUAUAAGCUGUGCUGCUACUAAGCCUGCAAAGACUCCUGCUGAAGUAGAGUGGAAAGUUAAGCGGCAACUCCUAGCAGAAAAGCGGGUAACUUGCAUCACUUUACCAUGUUAUUAUCUUUAAGUUUGUUAUGAAAUACUUAACCUAUGUUUUAAAAGAAAUAGAUUAUAUAUGAAAUAGGCGCUGUUUUGUAAUUUAUUGGAACUUAUCUACCUUGUUCUGUUCAUCUGUUGAUUCAUUUGUUAGUUCACUGUUGGCUCGUGGUGAGUCUUCUAUGCUUAGCACUUCACAUUUAUACUGGUGGUGGUGUUGCUUAUUUUUGCAGGUACGCAGUGUUGAUGUGAAGGAAGCAUUGCGCCUUCAAAAGGAGAAUAACUUUGUGAUUCUUGAUGUCAGACCAGAAGCAGAGUUUAAAGAGGUAUCCUGUAGUCAGUAUUUCUAGUUCUUAUGCCACAAUUUCAGCUCUGAGGUUUAGGGCUAUAACAUCAUUGCAUUGCCACAUAGUACAGCCACUUCUACCAUUUUCUUAGGCCAAAAUGUGAUCUUUAGGGAAAUUGAUUUGUAUCAGAGGUCACAUACUGGAUAGAUAGUACUACCUGCUAACUGAAUAUAGGUUCUGCCAAUGUGAAGUUUGUUCCUGUAUACUUCGUGCUGCUUCAAGGCAUAGAGCUCGAAGUUCAUUGCCUAAGGAUCAAUAAAUUUGAAGCAGUGGAUACAUUUUAUGCAUUUUAUUCUUAUGCAGGCUCAUCCACCUGGCGCCAUCAAUGUACAAAUAUACAGAUUAAUAAAGGAAUGGACGGCAUGGGAUAUUGCAAGGCGUGCAGCAUUUGCGUUCUUUGGCAUAUUUGCUGGAACAGAAGAGAAUCCUGAGUUCAUACAAAGUGUUGACACGAAAAUUGGUAAAGAUGCGAAGAUAAUUGUGGCAUGUUCUACAGGAGGGACACUAAAGCCUACACAAAAUUUUCCUGAUGGAAAGCAAUCUCGAUCUCUGAUAGCGGCUUACCUGCUGGUCCUAAAUGGCUACAAAAAUGUGUACCAUCUGGAAGGAGGGCUUUACACAUGGUUCAAGGAAGGCCUACCAGCUGUUGAAGGAGAAGAAUAAGCAAGAGAGACCUAUUUCUUGUUACGACAUUGUUGUUCACAUGCUGGAGUUGUGAGUUGUAAUCAUGCGCUUCACAGGAUCUCAGAUCGUUUCUCCCCAUUGAGAUGUCUCAUAUCGCCUUGGUUGCCCAACGUGUCGGUGUAUGUUGCUUGGGCAUGACAGUAUGAUGACUAUUAGCUUUAACCAAUAAAAGUGAGCAGAAGCAUAGUUCCUUUUGGAUCUCGA